AGGUACCUGCAAAGGACUAUAGUACUAUUGUGAUUCUUUAACUAUAAAAUUUUCAUUUUUUCUCGCUGUAGAGAAUUUAUUCGACAAAAAAUGUUAGAUAUUUCUUUUUUGUUUCUAUGGUCUCAUUGCUAAAAAAAACAAUAUAAUGAUAGAAUAUUUUUACUUCGUUAUAAGUUCAUCAGAUAUGUACUGUUUUAUUACCUUGUUUUUGAUUAUACCGUUGUAUGCUUGAUUUAUUUUUAUUUUUUUUUAAUCUAAUAUCUGAUGGGCUCGUAUUUAUUCGCUGAACGAGAAUUAUAUCUCAUUAUUGUAGAUCUAUUUCUCUUUUAAAUUUUCUGUGCACAUUACUUUUGUUUAGCGUCUUAUAUGGCUUCGGCGAGCAGUAAUAAAAAUAAAUUUUAUUUUUCUCAUUUUAAUAUAAGAUCACUAUGUUCAGAUUUCGACAGUUUUUCUGAUUAUGUGGCGGCAGAGGCGUUUGAUAUUUAUGGUCUCUCGGAAACAUGGUUGAGUGAGCCUUUGAGUAGCAACAAUUUUAAAAUACAUAACUAUAAUCUCGUUCGCAAAGACAGAGAUGGCCGUGGUGGCGGAGUGGCAUUUUAUGUUGUCAAUUCUUUAAAAUUUCAGGUAAUCGAUACAUCUGCCCAGCAGAGUGCCCUGGAACAACUUUGGAUACGUACUAAAAUAAAUGGUAAAAUUAUUUGCUUCGGGACAUUAUAUCGACCCCCCAUGGCCAAUUUGGCAUCUUCUCUGGAUGAUCUGGAGAAUGCCAUUGUUAGUUUUUUGCCUGAUUGCGAUGUUGUCAUGUUUGGCGGUGACUUGAAUGUGGAUAUGUUGGAAGCGGGAAGCCCUGGGUGCUCUGCCAUUAAUCAGUUCUUCAAUAAAUAUAAUUUAACGCAAUUAGUGCAGUCGCCCACUCGUAUUUCUCAAUUCGGGGGUAAAUUAAUUGAUGUUUUGGUUACAUCUAACCCAAAACUAAUAUCAGAUGUGCAGGUUAUUAAUAUGGAUAAUAUAUCUGACCAUCAUCUAGUAUUAACAGAUUUAGAUCUUCAAAAAAAUCGUGUGCCCAUUUCCUAUCGCACUUAUCGUGAUUAUUCACAUUUUGUUCUUACAGAUUUUGUGAAUGAUCUUUUUAACGUGAACUGGCAAAACAUAUUUAAUAUGACUAAUAUUGAUCAGAUGAUUACUUUUUUUCAAAAAAAUAUAACAGACGUAUUUAAUAUACAUGCACCACUUAAAACAUCUAGGUUUUCUAAACCCCCCGCUCCCUGGAUUACCGAUAAUAUCAAAUUUAUGAUGAAGCUGCGCCAGAAGGCUCUCACAAGAUAUAAAAAGUUAAAAACUGAUACCUCUCUAUAUGAAUACAAGCAGCUUCGUAAUCUGGUAACAAGUGCUGUACGGAACGAAAAAAAGCUUAUCUUGAAUAUAAAUUUAGACUAGAUCCUGCUUCUUUUUGGAAAACUUUAAAUAACCUUAACAUUACUUCUAAAAGCUCCGAUGCAUCUGCCUUGCUCCAGACCUCUGA